AUGUAUGCUAUGGCAUCCCAUCAUACUGGCCGGGAAUGGACUGAGAUGAAAAGCUUGAGUCUUGACGAGGAAUGCAGCGUGUCUGAAGCCCACGACACAUCCCAUCAACGGCUCGCUUCCAACGUCUCUGAGUCUACGGGUACUUUCCUGCGCCAUAUCAACGUACUCGAUAAGCCUGCCGAUCCAUCGGCCGCUACUGUCACCGACUUCACUGCCCAGGGACUCGGACCUGCAUUUCGACCCUCAGCUGAUGGCAACAGCGUCACAUCGGAAAAAGGCGCGCUCUGCAUUCUUUCAGGGGCACAACACGAGCCUCUCGAUGAGAUGACGAGCCGAACUUAUCCAGUACCCUUCGUCGCGAAAUCGACGCUUGUCGAGAAAGGGAGCAUAUCCGAUGUGCCCCAAGUCGAGAGCCACGUUGUUGCACAGGCUUUCGACGACGACCCUACGACCUUUUUUACCCACUGA